GUCCUGUCUGAGGGCUCCACACACCCACAGCUCCUCUGUCUGCCUACCAGUCCGCUCUGAGGGCUCCACAUCCCCACGCUGCUCUACCCGUGGUGGAUCAGACCAAGAUGGCCGCUGUUGUUGAGAAUGUUGUCAAACUGUUGGGAGAGCAGUACUACAGAGACGCCAUGGAGCAAUGUCACAACUACAAUGCCAGGCUCUGUGCUGAGAGGAGUGUCCGAAUGCCGUUCCUCGACUCUCAGACCGGUGUGGCUCAGAGCAACUGCUACAUCUGGAUGGAGAAGAGACACAGAGGACCAGGCAUAGCUCCAGGGCAGCUCUACACCUACCCAUCCAGGAGGUGGAGGAAGAAACGUCGAUCUCAUCCUCAAGAGGACACUCGGCUUGUCUUCCCUCCUGUCAAGUCAGAGAUUGAAGUAGGACUGAAGAAGGAUGCUGUGUUAUCAGCCGAUGGCAGCAGCCUGGAGGCCCUGCUGAAGGGGGACUCCGUGGAAAAACGUCCGACCGCAGAGCUCCGAGGGUCUGAGGAGGACUCAAACCAGAGUGACUACACCGGAGGCCUGAACCCUGCUGCUCGGAUUAGAAAGAGAGUCCUCGAGCCAGAUGACUUCAUGGACGACCUGGAUGAUGAAGACUACGAGGAAGACACGCCUAAAAGAAGAGGCAAGGGGAAGGGCAAGGGUCGAGGAGUGGGCAGUAACAGGAAGAAGCUGGAUACAGCAGCCGCGGAGGACCGAGACAAGCCGUACGCCUGUGACAACACUAUCAAACAAAAGCAUAUUUCAAAACCGUCUGAAAGAGUCUGUGGGAAGCGCUACAAGAACCGUCCUGGUCUGAGCUACCACUACGCCCACUCCCACCUGGCUGAUGAGGAGGGUGAGGAGAAGGAAGAGAUGGUGAUCCACGAGCCCGUACUGCCGCCGCCUGAUGAGCCUAAAAGUAAGACUCCCAAGAAAGGCCCAGAUGGUCUCGCUUUGCCUAAUAAGUACUGUGAUUUCUGCCUGGGAGACUCCAAGAACAAUCACAAGACUGGCCAAUCAGAAGAGCUGGUGUCCUGCUCCGACUGCGGACGCUCAGGCCACCCCUCCUGUCUGCAAUUCACUCCUGUAAUGAUGGCUGCCGUGAAGACGUACCACUGGCAGUGCAUAGAGUGCAAGUGCUGCAACAUCUGCGGCACCUCAGAGAACGACGAUCAGCUUCUGUUCUGUGACGACUGUGAUAGAGGCUAUCACAUGUAUUGUCUCAACCCGCCCAUGGCUGAACCUCCAGAGGGGAGCUGGAGCUGUCAUCUAUGUCUGGACCUUUUGAAAGACAAGGCAUCCAUAUACCAGAACGCUCCACCAUCGUGAUGGCCGCCUCCUCCCACCAUGCACACACUCAACCGUCCCGCAGCAGUACGGUUCACCCUCCCAAGACGGACGAUGAGCUCCCCUGACGAGCUGAGCUCGGAGGGAGUGUGUUCAGAACAGACAAUAAAUUGUGAAAAGGGAAGUAUCCUGUACCAAACUGGCCUCACUUAGCUUCAGAUAUGACUGUUACACAGUUCCAAGCUCAGAUUUAGCCCCAUCGAUUUUUAUUUUCACCUCUUUGCCACAUAGCCAAUCUGAGCAGUACUGAAUCUCACAGCAUAAAUAGCCAAAAUCUGACCUCCUGUUCAGGUUUGUUUUUUACACAUACUCCUACACAAAGAUGCUAAAACGUUCUCUAUCCUGCAAUGUGCUGAUUUUAUGACUAGAGCAGAAAUAGAGCUCGUUGGAAUCAAGUAGCAUGCCAGUGCUUGCUCAACGUAAAAAAAAAACAUUUUAUAAUAUUUAUAUAUUUCUAUGGUAUAUAAUAGUGUUAAGUAUGUACAGAUUGGAAAAAAAAGAAUGGUAAUGUAACGGUCUUUUUAUUAGUGCCCAUCUCAUCAUUAUGGAAAUAUCCACAACCACAUGUUCUUUUAUGGCACUGCUGAUGAUUCUCUUGAUAAGAGUCAAAUGGAUCUGCUGAGACUGUAAAUACUUUUCCAUCUCAUCCGCUGCCACCGGCCACAUAGAAAUCCCGACAUGCUCGUCAAAGUGGCUCCAAAGGCUGAGCGACUUCAGGGAUGGCAGGUUAGACUUUAGUCUGGUUGUUGACUCUUGUGUGCUAGUGGCUGAUUGAGCUGGGCAGAGCUCGGGAGGGUGAAUGAGGACGUAAUAAUGUGCAUGUUUUAUUCAGCCUUUGGGGCCUUUUUUUGACAAAACGGACGAGUCCUACUUGCUUACUUACUUAUCAGCCAGUUUAAAGGGAUAUAUAAAAGCUUUCGUCGCUGUGUUUUAGCAGUUUGCUCAUCAUGCGCCGUAUUCAAUAUCUGUUGAUGUCGUGACACCACUAGAUUAUUUUAAUGUGAUUGAGGACUAUGUGACCUUUGUAGAUGGCCACUUGCUGACAAUGUUAAAGCAAUAUAAGAGCUCCUGUGGGAUGCUGGGAUGACAGGGACUCAUGGCGGUUUAGGCUCUGUCGUCAGAUAUUGUGCGAUACGGUAAAUUUUCUUUCUCAGAAAAUGCUGUUACAGACAGGCCUCGAGGACUCUGGCAACAAAUAUGGAUGGCUCCAUAUUGUAAAAAAAAAUAUAUAAUGUGUAUAUGUAUAGUCCUAUGGAGAAAUAGCCCUUUUUGUUACUGCUUUCAUAGUUCUAUUAUGCAAUGGUUUCCUUCUGUGGCAAGGCUGAAAGAAAAGGUCUGGUUACUUUACCUCAAACAGGAACAGUAUCUAAAGGGUUGAUAUUGAUAGACGGGACAAAGGCAGAGGGAUACAUAUUAAUGACAGCUGCAGUGUCUGUCUGCUUCAAUAGCUGCAUAUUCUACAGGUAAACAAGUGCAUGCUCAGUAAUCGUCUGCACUCUCAUACGCUAUGUUGUCGUCUCAGCUUUAGGUCGGCAAAGGUGUUAGGAAGUGGUGUAAUAUAAAUUAACCAUGCUAUCAUGUCGUUUCAAUUAGCCAACUAACACAUUACGUAAACAUUACACGAGUAUAACUUGGUUUAUUUUGUCAUCACGUUCAAACUUAGUUAUUUAGAGACAGUGGCUGCUAGAAUAUUUUGCUGGUUGUUUUUGUAUUCACGGAUGAUGUUUGCGUACCUGAAGGUGUGGGACAUUUUGGGACUUAAGUGGAAGUUGCUCUCUAGUUAAUCGUGUGAUCUAGGUCUCGACUGAGCUGCUCUCUUCCAAAGCUCGAAACAAGAAGCAAAGCCUAUAAUGUGAUUAAGAGACAGAUUCUGGAGCUGCACCUUCAACACUGCACUCAGAGAUAAGCAAAAAUAAAUUAUAUAUAGAUAGAUUGGUCUCAAGCUUUGGGAGAGAAUUGUUCAAACCAAGAUCACAGGUUUUCAUAGUAGGUGAAUUCUCUUAGGGUGGACUUUCAUUUGGAUUGUGAUGGUUUGUUUUAUUGUAUGAAAUUUGUCUUCAGGAAAUAAAAUACUACGCACUAUAA